AUGUUCAAAUCAAUCCUCCUAAUCGGCGCCAUAGGUGUGGGUAGUUUUGGUGACUAUGUUGCUCAUGAGCUCAUCAAGAACCCAACAAAUUUCACUCGCAUUGCCUUCUUCAACAACACUUCGAGGCCCGCCGACGAAGCCAAAAAGGCCCGAAUUCAAGAACUGAAAGCACAGGGAUUUGAAAUCAUUGAGGCAGCUGACUAUGCUUCCCCAAAAGCAUACGAAGGCUUCGACUGCGUGCUGAGCUUUCUCGGAAAUCACGGUCUAUAUCUGCAGCCGACCAUCAUCGACGCGGCCAUCGAGGCCGGAGUCCGCCACUUCUAUCCGAGCGAGUACGGGGCAGAUGUCACUGAAGGCCAGAAUUGGACCCAGCGCUACUACAAGUAUAAAGUCCAAACCAGAGAGCAUCUUGAGGCAAGAGCUCGAGAUGUCCCUGACUUGGGAUGGACCUACUAUCUCCUUGGACGAUUGACGGAGUGGUCCGUAAUCUCGCACUUUGGCUUUGACAAUAAAAACGCCAAAGCAAAGAUCUACGGCACAGCAGCAGGGAGACAAAGCUUGAUCAGUGCUGGAGAUAGCGCCAGAUACCUCGUCGAGACAUUGAAAGAACCACUUUCUCCCGAGGCGAAGGGGAAUCGAAGAACCUAUCGCAUCUCGGGAAGCAACCCUACGUACGCCGAGAUAUUUGAGGUCCUCGAACGAGUGACGGGCAGAAAGUACGACGUCGCUUAUUUGGAUGUUGAGAAAGCAAAGCAAGAGGAGGCACAAGCACAGGCCGCAGGCGAUGUCGAUGCAGAACUGGCGGCGAGCCACAAAUUGAUUCAAGGAAGAGAAGGGACACUCCUACCGCAGCCGUGGGACAAUGACCGCUUCCCACAGAUCCAUCCCAAGGGUGUUGACGAGACACUCCGCGCGGCCUUUGCGUCUGAGCACGCGAAGAAGGUGUAUGGGCUGGAGUGA